AUCCCUCCAUUAGUUCACACUAGCUCUCUUCCAUGAGACCUUUUAGUUGCUCCUAUUGUCUCAGAUUUUCACGGGCUUUCCCUUUCUUCUUUUUCUGUUGAAAUCAAUCAAUUUACCCUCAAAACACUCAAUCCAACAAUAAAAACUGCUCAACCCCCUAUAUCAUAUCGUAUCCCGCAUCAUAGCAUCCCUCUGUAUCUCUUGCUGUGCACUAAAACGUCUCCCAGGAAGAGGAAAUGCAGGAAUGAGGCGAGGCUUUUCUUCACAGAUAUCAGAUCUAUACCGAAAUCAAUAACGACCCUUGACAGGAAAGAGAGGUGAAAGUUUUGGCCUUACUGGUGUGAGUAUUAGUGUAGUGAGUGGAUCAUGGCAUUAGGGAAGUACUCGAGAGUUGACGGUAGAAAAUCGUCUACAAAUUAUUGUUCCACAGUGACGAUAGUGGUGUUUGUAGCACUUUGUUUGGUAGGAGUAUGGAUGAUGACAUCUUCUUCAGUGGUUCCUGUGCAAAACUCGGAUGUGGCUUCACAGGAGGGCAAUAAUGAUGUGAAUGAAAGCGCCCGAGUGAGCGAAAACAAUAGUGACAAUGCUAGUAAUGAGAAUAAAAAUGUUAAUAGCGAGAGUUCAUCAAAUGGCAAUGAGAAUAAACCAAAUCAAUUUGAGGAUAAUCCCGGUGAUUUACCUGAAGAUGCCACAAAAGGGGAUAAUAAUGUGAGCUCAAAUUCUCAAGAGAAGCUCCCGCAGGAAAAUCAAGAGAAGUCUGGGGAGGAGAACAGGGAAGAAGAGAAAAGGUCAGAAGAUGGAUCUAAAAGUGGAAAUGAAAAUGGGGAAACAAAGACUGAUGAAAAAGAUUCUGAAGCUGGGGAGACCAAUGGAAGUAAUGCCAAUGGAGGAGAGUCCGGGGAUGACAACAAAUCAGUUGAAAAUUCUGAUGAAACAAAAGAUGUUGAUAAGGAAGAUAGUCAGAAAGAUAAGAAAGAUACAGUGUCAGAUCAAGAUUCUGGUCAGAAAAAGGAGAACAAUCAGACGACUGAAGUGUUUCCUUCUGGUGCUCAGUCAGAGCUGUUGAAUGAAACUACAACUCAAAAUGGCUCAUUUUCUACCCAGGCAGCAGAGUCUAAGAAUGAAAAGGAAUCACAACAAUCUUCUGAACCUGAGAAUCAGAGUGGAACAAGCUGGAAACUCUGCAAUGUCACAGCUGGGCCUGAUUACAUUCCGUGUCUUGACAAUUUGGAAGCAAUAAAAAAUCUUCGUACUACUAAGCACUAUGAACACAGGGAGAGGCAUUGUCCUGAUGAUCCUCCUACAUGCCUUGUUCCCCUCCCUGAGGGAUACCAACGCUCAAUUGAAUGGCCUGCUAGCAGGGAGAAGAUUUGGUACCAUAAUGUCCCUCAUACCAAGCUCGCACAAAUUAAGGGACACCAAAAUUGGGUAAAGGUUUCCGGUGAGUACCUCACUUUUCCUGGUGGUGGGACCCAGUUCAAGCAUGGUGCUCUCCAUUAUAUAGAUUUCAUACAGCAGUCUGUGCCUGAUAUUGCAUGGGGUAAACGUUCUCGUGUUGUGUUGGAUGUUGGAUGUGGUGUUGCUAGCUUUGGAGGCUUUCUGUUUGAUAGAGAUGUUCUAACCAUGUCAUUAGCCCCAAAAGAUGAGCAUGAAGCACAGGUUCAAUUUGCACUGGAAAGAGGAAUCCCGGCUAUAUCUGCUGUGAUGGGUACAAAGAGACUUCCCUUUCCGGGGAGAGUUUUUGAUGUAGUUCAUUGUGCACGAUGUAGGGUGCCUUGGCAUAUUGAAGGUGGUAAACUGCUGUUGGAGCUGAACCGCUUACUACGUCCUGGAGGUUAUUUUGUGUGGUCUGCCACUCCAGUCUACCAAAAAAUUCCUGAAGAUGCUCAGAUUUGGGAGGCUAUGAAGAAACUGACAAAGUCCAUGUGCUGGGAGUCAGUUUCAAUCACCAAGGAUCGGGUAAAUGGAGUAGGUAUAGCUAUAUAUCGCAAACCUACCACUAACGAGUGCUAUGAGCAAAGGUCACAAAAUGAGCCUCCUCUUUGCGAAGAAUCUGAUGAUCCAAAUGCCGCCUGGAAUGUGCCUUUGCAAGCAUGCAUGCACAAGGUACCAGUUGCCGAAUCAGAGCGUGGGUCUCAAUGGCCGGAAUUGUGGCCUGCCAGGGUGGAUAAACCACCAUAUUGGUUGUCGAGUUCCCAAGUUGGUGUUUAUGGAAAACCUGCGCCAGAGGAUUUUGCUGUUGAUUUUAAACACUGGAAGCGCGUGGUCACCAAUUCAUAUGCAAAGGGCUUGGGAAUAAACUGGUCCACUGUGCGAAAUGUCAUGGACAUGCGGGCAGUUUACGGAGGGUUUGCUGCUGCUCUGAAGGACAUGAAUGUAUGGGUCAUGAACAUAGUAUCCAUCGAUGCUCCUGAUACUCUUCCAAUUAUUUAUGAACGAGGUCUCUUUGGAAUGUAUCAUGACUGGUGUGAAUCAUUCAGUUCCUAUCCGAGAUCUUAUGAUCUUCUCCAUGCAGAUCAUCUCUUCUCCAAAGUUAAAAACAAGUGCAACUUUAAUGCAUUUGUUGCGGAAGUUGAUCGCACUCUACGACCAGAAGGCAAGAUCAUUGUUCGCGACAAGGUUGAGAUGAUUAAUGAACUUGAGAGCAUUUUUAAAUCUCUGCACUGGGAGAUUCGUAUGACCUACUCCAAGGACAAGGAGGGAUUGCUUUGUGCCCAGAAAACCAUGUGGCGCCCAAAAGAGUCGGAGAUAGUUAGUUAUGCAUUGGCUUAGAGAUGUAGCAUAUUGUGCUGCUUGCAGUCUUUGAGCUCGCAUUACACAGAGACUAGAUAAAACAUUUUGUAUUAGUAACUUCUGAACUUAAAUCGGGUUUAAUUGUAUUAUUCUUCCAUGUAUUUUGACUAGUCGAUUAGUUCUUUUUGUUUUCAUUUUCUUGGGUAGAUGAGUAUUCAAGAUUCCAAAAUGUAUGUUAUAGUUUUGGAGGAAAUCGAACACAAUUUAUUUUCAAGUGUAAAGGGCCAUUGAGACAUUGACUCAAUUUGGUGGUGAAUUCAAUUUAUGGAAACUGUUGCCAUGAAAUUACUUUUU